AAUAAAGUCGUUAUUUUUGUUUUCUUUUUGCUCACAAAAAGUAUUCCCGUCACUUCAUAACAUUAAGUUUGAACCACUGCAGUCACGUUGACUGUUGCUUUUUAUGGGAGAUAUAAAAAAAAAUAAAUAAAAAAACCUCUUGGAUUUCAUCAAAAAUAUCUUAAUUGGUGUUCUGAAGAUGAACACAAAGAUGAAGAGGUCUUACGGGUGUGGUGGAACGACAUGAGGGUGAGUAAUUAAUGACAGAAUUUUCAUUUUUGGGUGAACUAACCCUUUAAACUUAUUAUUGUGCUUUUCUUUUCUUUUUUUUCUGUGUAUAAUUCCAUACUUUGAUGUACGCAAAUUUAUGAUAUUUAUGUUUUUUUAUUUUUGUCAUUAUGAUUGUUCAUUGUAAGAGAUACAACUAUGCUUCAUUUCCCUGAUCUUGUAUGUAUGUAUAAGUUCUGCCAAAAAAAAAAAAAAAAAAAACCUCUUCUGGUACACACUCAAAAUUAUGUAGUUUUUCUUCACAAAAAGAGUACAUAUUUUUAGGGCGUAGUAUAAGUAAGUACGAGAAUUACUCACGAAACACUUCAGGUUCGCUUUUUGGUCACACUGUGUACCCGUAGAAGAAGGCGUGCCUAGUAACGCGGUUGUCAGGAAGACAGUGGGGCUAAAACGUGUGCAUCUGUAUGAUUUGUUUACCUUUUGCCUAAUAUGCCAGCAGAGUUUAUUAACACGUUAUUUGUCGACAUAUAUUUCGGGUCUUAAGAUCGUUAUCAGUUUGUCCAGUUUCAUCGUCCUGGAUCUCCUUCAUCCUCUCGGUUGGGUGGAGUAUUUUUCUUCACUCUGUUGCGAUUCGUCCCGCCUGUCCUCUCCAGGAUGACCAAAGGGUUCAAGACUGCAGUUUUAAGAACCAUUAGUGUACAUUCUGGAAGAGUGAUCUAGCUGACAGGCGUCUCAUCAGUUGCUAUGGGUACAGCAUCCUCUCUGGUGAGCCCCGGUGAGGUGAUUGAGGAUGCGUACGGUGGUGAGGGAGGAGAGGCAUGUGAGAUACCGGUGGAGGUAAAGCCAAAAGCACGUCUGCUGCGGAGCUCCUUCCGCCGCGGGCCUCGUGUCAUCGGUGCCAGCUUCAAAUCCACCGGAUCGGUGGAACUGGAGUAUGCGGCAGAGUAUGAGCGCCUCAGGAAAGACUACGAGAUCUUCAGGGUCAGUAAGAACAAUGAGAUCGCCUCCAUGCAGAAGAAAGAAGCCAAGCUGGAUGAGGAGAACAAGAGGCUGCGUGCUGAGCUACAGGCUCUUCAGAAGACUUACCAGAAGAUUCUUAGAGAGAAGGAAAGUGCCCUGGAGGCAAAGUAUCAAGCCAUGGAGAGAGCUGCCACCUUUGAGCAUGACCGAGACAAGGUCAAACGUCAGUUUAAGAUAUUUCGGGAAACUAAAGAAAAGGAAAUUCAGGAUUUGCUGCGGGCAAAACGAGAUCUGGAGUCAAAAUUUCAACAGCUGCAGGCUCAAGGCAUUCAAAUUUAUGAUCCAGCAGACUCAGAUUCAGAUGACAACCACACCACUGUCACCACCGCAGGAACUCAGUGUGAGUACUGGAGUGGUGGUGUGUUGGGCAGCGAACCGUCUAUGGGCAGUAUGAUGCAGUUACAGCAGACACACAGAGGUCCAGAGUUUGCUCACAGUCUCAUCGAUGUGGAAGGGCCUUUUGCCAAUGUCAGCAGAGAUGAUUGGGAUGCAGCCGUGGCAAGUCUGCUGCAGGUUUCUCCUCACGUCUCUCAGGCUCUGUGGAGUAACACAGUCCGCUGCUACCUCAUAUACACACAGGAGACCAAAGCAGAGCUGCAUACCUUUAUACAGACUCAUUCUUUGAAGCUGCAGAGGUUUUGUGAGGGUUUAGGUCAUUUCUGCCUGAACGUGUCAUUUCCUGAAGAGAAGGCAGCUCUAUAUGCUGCUGAACGCAGGCAGGAGAUUGAGAGGAGCUCUGUGUGUGUGCUGCUACUCAAGUCCUCAGUGUCCAGUUGUGUUGUAGAGGAUGUGGAGGAGGCAUUUGUGAAGACACCAGACUCUCGUCCUCUCUUGCUGUAUUUACGUACGGGUGACAGAAAAGGAGAAAAGGAAGAAGUGUCCACCCUCAGUCCAGCCACCAGAGACCUGCUGGAGAGGAUUAACAAAGCUGACAAAAGUGCCAAACUCAAGGUAGUGGAUCAUGCAGGGUCUGUAGAGGAAGGAGCUGAUCUUAUCUUCUCUCAUCUUGAGAGAAUUAUCAAACAGGAGUUGUUGGGACUGGAGGUAGAGGAGAGUGGAACAGAGGAGGAGAGGGAAGAGGAAGACUCUGGUGAUGUGCUGUGGGAUCUUCAUGAUGAGCAGGAGCAGAUCGAGGCGUUCCAGCAGGCCUGCAGCGCUGCUGCCAGAUUCAGCUUCCAGAAGUAUGUCGACCGACUCAAUGACAUGGUAGCCGCCCCACCGCCCACCCCACCACUGCUGGUGUCUGGUGCACCUGGAUCAGGCAAAUCUCUUUUGCUGGCUAAAUGGAUAGAGUUACAGCAGAAAAACUCUCCCAAUACCCUCAUCCUUUAUCACUUCACGGGAUGUCCGCUUUCUACCAGCACAGAUCCUGUGCUCAUCAUUAAACGUCUCACAGUGAAGCUGCUUCAGCAUUUCUGGUCUAUCUCCGGCCUCUCUAUGGACCCUUCUAAGAUCCUCGAGGAGUUCCCACGCUGGCUAGAGAGGCUUUCCGCACGUCACCAUGGCAACAUUAUAAUUAUCAUUGACUCCAUUGACCAGAUACAGAAUGCCGAGCGGCACAUGAAGUGGCUGAUUGAUCCUCUUCCUGCUAAUGUGAGAGUUCUGGUGUCAGUUAAUGUGGAGACCUGCCCACAGGCAUGGAGAUUGUGGCCCACACUGCACCUGGACCCACUCAAUCCUAGAGAGGUGAAGAGUGUCAUCAGUACAGAGUGUGUGAACACCAACCUCAAACUCACCAAAGAUCAGGAAAAAAAGUUGGAGAGACACUGCCGUUCAGCUGCAACAUGCAAUGCACUCUAUAUCUCUCUACUGGCCAGACUCAUUACACACUCCAGAUCCUCCUGGACGUUGGACAGGACUCUACAACAGUGUGCGCUGUGUCAAGAUACAGUAUCACUAUACAGACUGGGCCUGAAGUUGUCGCUAGACUCACUCAGCACAGAUCAGGAAAAACACAUCAUGAAAGAGUUAUUAUGCCUGGUAUGUGCCAGUCACAAUGGCAUCAGCGAAUCAGAGGCUUUGGAGCUGUUCCCAGACCUCAGUUUUCCCGCUCUCACCUCACUGCUCUACAAUCUGGAGAGACUUCUCAUUGUUACUUACGCCUGUGGCCUCAUUCGCUUUCAGCACCCACAGGCAUGUGAAGCAGUCAACCAAGAGUUUCUGGAAGGGGGCAAAUGCUGUGGAUCCUACAGAGAGAAAAUCAUCCAGUUCUUUAGUCAACAGCUUGAGCAAGAUAGAGUGACGUGGAGGGUGGCUGAUGAGUUGCCAUGGUUACUGCAGCAGCAGGAAGAUCAAAGUAAACUCCAGAUGAGUCUGCUUAACCUGUUUGUGUCCCAAAACCUCUACAAGAGGGGUCAUUUCUCAGAGCUGCUGGCGUACUGGCAGUUUGUUGGUAAGGAUAAGUGCUCGAUGGCAACCGAGUAUUUCGACUCACUGAAGGAGUUUGAGAAGAGCUGUGAGAGUGAGCAGAGCAUGAGCCGACUGGCUAACCUGUACGAGACGCUGGGCCGUUUCCUCAAAGACCUGGGACUGCUCAGCCAGGCGGUGGCCCCCUUGCAGCGCUCCUUAGAGAUCCGUGAGACGGCUCUGGACCCAGACCACCCAAGUGUGGCUCAGUCCCUGCACCAGCUGGCAGGGGUUUACGUUCAUUGGAGAAAAUUUGGAAACGCAGAGCAGUUGUACAAACAAGCUAUGGAGAUUUGUGAAAACGCUUAUGGACCUGAACACAGCACCGUCGCUAGAGAACUAGACUCACUUUCGCUCCUCUACCAGAAACAAAACAAAUAUGAGCAGGCUGAGAAGUUGAGAAAGAGAUCAGUCAAGAUCAGACAGAAGACAGCACGACAGAAGGGCCACAUGUUUGGUUUCGCACUAUUGAAGAGACGGGCACUGCAGUUAGAGGAACUGACUCUUGGCAAAGACUCCGCAGAUUGUGCCAAGACUCUAAAUGAGCUUGGAGUGCUUUAUUACCUACAGAACAACCUGGAUGCUGCAAAGAUGUUCUUGACCCGAUCCCUGGAGAUGCGUCAGCGCGUACUGGGGCCGGAUCACCCCGACUGUGCUCAGUCUCUGAACAACCUGGCCUCGCUCCACAGUGAGAGAAAAGAGUAUGAGAAUGCCGAGGAGUUGUACGAAAAAGCACUAGACAUCCGCAAACGAGCUCUCGCCCCAGAUCACCCAUCUCUUGCUUAUACACUCAAACACUUGGCCAUGCUCUACAAACGCAGGGGGAAGCUGGAAAAGGCAGUUCCUCUAUAUGAACUAGCUCUUGAGAUCAGAGAGAAAAGCUUCGGGCCCAAACACCCCAGUGUUGCUACCGCUUUGGUUAACCUCGCAGUGCUCUAUUGCCAACUGAAGCAGCACAGUGAUGCACUGCCUUUGUAUGAGCGUGCUCUAAAGGUAUAUGAGGACAGUCUUGGCCGACUGCACCCUCGUGUCGGAGAGACUCUGAAAAACCUGGCUGUACUCAGCUAUGAAGAGGGAGAUUUUGAGAAGGCUGCUGAACUGUACAAGCGAGCAAUGGAAAUAAAGGAGGCAGAGCCGUCUCUGGUGUGUGGUAAAGCCCCCUCACAUCACUCAUCUAGUGGCGACACCUUUAGCCUUCGAAGCCCUGCCCUUCCUCACACCUCUAGGUGACACCUGACCGGACCCCUCAACACUUAACUAAGGUGUACUCUGACCUCUAUUAAUGAAUCCACAUCAGCCACACUUAUGUUCAGGCCUGUGCUUGAAUGCCUCAAGCAUAUGAAGUCUACAUGGAACAAUCAAAUAUGCAUUGGGAUCCAACUCGAUUCUCAAUCCUACUGUAAUUUACAGUAUAAACCAUCAGUCUUCGCGUGAGAGUGAGUUUCGCUCACUGGCACUGGGUUUAUAAAAGGUACUCUCUCUCUCAAAAAGGCAAAAGUAAGCAUUUUAUUCCUGUGAUUUUCAAUGACUGUUGUAACACAUCACUCUAUCACAUCAGCAUACCAGUGACAUUUCAAGUGCACUGCUGUUACACUAUGAGGUGUUGUAAAGUAGAGAUUAGUGGAAUCAUCAUGAACAGAAUAGUGGGUUGUUGUUUUUUUUGGAAUACUGCCUCAGAGUAAAAACGAAGGAUAAUUGUGUGUUUUGAAUUUUAGAAUAAAAACAUUUAGGAGAUAUAGUCAAGUGAGACGUGAAGUCGCAAUUACGAGACGUGAAGUGACAAAAGCGAGAAAAUAUUGUCGCAAUAAUGAAAAAUGAAGCCGCAGCUACAAAAUUCAAGAAACAGUAGUGCAAUUCCAAGAUUUCUUCACUCAGAAAGCAAUAGGCCUCAAUAGUUAUUGAUUGUUCGUGCGAUGCAAAAAAUAUUUACAUUUUCUCACUAUAUGUGCUUGAUAUGCAAUUUAUAAUUUUUUUUUUCAAUUAUCACUGACUAUAAUAAAUGAUAAACUUGAGUAUAAAUAAGUCCAGUAACUGGGUUAAAGUUCAAACAUUGGUUGAAGAAGUACAUUUACCUUUUUAUUUUAAGAAUCUUGUCUCUUCCAAAGCACUUUUCACUUGCACAGUACAAACAUGCUGGAAACAGCUAUAGUCACAUCACAUAUGGCAUGUGAAGUGAGAUGCCGAAAAGCUAAAAAGUAAUCUAAUCACAUUGUUUGUCAACGCUGACUUCAGCAUAUGCAGAUUAAUCCGGCUAUAACUUUGUGCAGCAGUUUCUUGUUUACAGAUUCAGGCCACAUUGAAGUUAAGCAUGAUGGAAGUUUCAGUCUCAACUCCUUCCUCUGGCUUAUGACCUGCUUCCUGCAGGGAAAGUUUUCACCUUCACCUUAAAAAUGUAUAACAGCUGCAAAGUGCAAAGCAUAUUUCACAGCAUUACAAAAGGACAACUGUCAUACAUAGCCGUACAAAACACUAUAACAUGAGAUUAUCUUUCAGGUAAUCAAAAUGAUUUACUUUUAUUAUAUUUAAUGAUUUUGUUUAUUGUAAAGGUCUCACACAUUUUAGUAAGGGACUUGAUUCAGCGUCACAGAGCACAGCAUGUGCAAUAAUGUUUGUUGUAAUGCAUAAUGUCAGUGUCAGUAUAUAUGGUUUAAUUUAUACAAUGACUGUUCAACUGAAAAGUGCAUCUAUAUCCAUAUAUUAUGACCUAUAUAUUGAUAUUUAGAAAUUAUACUGUUUUUUUUUUUUUUUUUUUUUUAACUCUGCUGAUCGUCUCUAAUGUGAAAUACCUUGCUAUAAAAUCGCAUGUGCCAAGUUUUGAUGGCCACCUGUUUACAUAGGAGGGAUAUAUGUAUGAAU